AUGAAUUACGAUAAUAACAAUUUUAGAUAUUAUGACAAUAGUAGUAAUCUUAGAAACAGUAACAAUUAUAACAACAGCAACUUAGAAACUAUUACGAUAACAACAAUUAUCAAUCUAAUAGCAAAUCAAAUAACUGUAGAAACAACAAAUGGUGUAAUAAUAACCAUAGGAAACAGAUUCAAUACGAUGAUCAAAAUUGCAAUAUUUACCGAUCCUAUAAUUACAACUCAGAUAACUAUGGAGAAAACAACAGGUGGCAUGAUAACAACGAGAAAUCAAAUACAAUAUGAUGACCAGAUUCAAUAUAACAAUAACAAUUGCAACAUGAAUAUUGAAGAAAUUAUUGCAGACAAAGUUGACACUGCAAAAGACAAUAAUGAAAAUGAUUUUAAUAUCAACAACUUAACUGAGAACAUGCUUAAUGAUAAUGUUUUUAUGACUACUCUAAAAUUAAAUGAUGUUACUACAACAAUGGAGGUCGAUACAGGAUCUAAAUUCACUAUCUUAUCUCAUGAGAUGGCUAUGAAAAAUGGCAUAAAAGAAAUUAAAAAAUCCAAGCAGCAACUUACAGCCUACGACGGAAACUUAAUUAAGAUUGAAGGGAUUAACUCAAGUAAAAAUUGUGAAUCCAAAUUGACCAACAAAAUAAUUAACAAAGCAAAUGACAAAUUACAUUUAAGAAGAGAUGCCCAACCCAAAAUUAUACCACCAAGACGUAUACCCUAUGCAAAGAGUGAUCUUGUGGGCAAAGAACUUAAUAGAUGGAUAUAA